CGUCUCUCAGUCGCACGUAGACCUUCACACGACGCGGGGAGACUAAGUAACGGAACGUGAAAAGCCGGGUCUCUAUUUGUUUACGAGGCGCACGCGUCUGCCGCCUUCAUUAAUAACAUAUUAAUGAUAAUAAUAAUUAUAACUAUCAAUAAUUAGAUGCACAAUAGCAUUCGGAAAAAAAAAAAAAAAAAUUAACAAACAAGUAAACCACUAAUAUUAAUAAAUAGAUAAAAAAGAAAAAUUGACGUCAGCCGAAAAUUAUGUUUAAGUGAGUGUGACUUUUUGAACGACUCUGGAUUAAAUUCAACAGUGGCGAUAACAAGUGGACUGUCUUUGCGUAAUAAACCGGCAUCUCAAGUGUACAGGUGUGUACACGAGAACAUUGUUUUGGUUCGUUUGACAUCUGCGCGCGGAAUAAUCGCGCGCAAGUAGUUACGGCUGUGUUCAGUAGUGGCAGACGUGCAAGUCAGACAGACUUGCUAAAGAGAAACAAGCCCUAUUUACUCUGUCAACGGAAAAAAUGGUAUACGGCGGUAAUUUUGACAUGGAGGCGAUGCCACAAACGGUGCCUACUGCCGCAGGCUUCUCGCCUUCUUUUGAUUACACGACUUUUCAAUUUGACUUGUCAUUAUUACCAAAUGACUACAAUUCGUCGAAUUCGCAAACAACCCUCAAACCAACCCAGAUAAAGCAAGAAGUGAUUUCACCAAGACCUGGGUCACCAACAACCUACCCUAGUCCACCGUAUCCUGGUUUGACAGGAGAAUUGUCACCAAAUUAUUUACGUGAAGCAUCUCCUGGAUAUCCCAGUAGUCCUUAUUACGUUCCUCAUAGUCCUCAAAGUGCUCAUUUGUAUCCUACGAGUCCAGAGCCUGCAGCUAAACAACCAGUAAAGAGAGAAAAAAGUCUAGAUUUGCUUGCUAUUCUUCAAGAAUCCAGACUUUUAGCUGAAAGUCUGGGUUACAAAGAAGAUUCCACUGACUGCACGGUGCCUUGUACACCUCCAAGGUCUGAGGAAGACAUUUACAAUUCUCUGGAUACAGAUUUCUUUCCAAAACGUGAGGAAACAAGUCCUUUGUUAAAGGAAAUUCUUUUCAAAGAAGAGCCACAAUCAAUUAGUUCCCCUCAAGCUUCUCCAGCUCCAGACACGGACAAUUCUCCCCUUCGAACUCUUUUAUUCAACACCAAGGAUACAAACAUUAAGGAUGAAGGAAAUUUAAAUAAAAGUCCUUUAUUAAUACCUAAAAUAGAGAUCCAAGACGACGAGUCUUAUUCAACUAACCGGAAAAUAUCAAAUAAUAAUUCACUUGAUUGCAAAUCUGAAAUAUUUAACAAGGAAAGCUCGAAAAGUGAUCAUCAAUUAUUACGUGAGGUUUUACGAGAUACAAGUUUUCAAAGAAAAUAUAAUUUGAGACCUGUCGAUCUUGGGGGUGUUGGCACUGGUUUUGUGGAAGAUAUGGAAAGUGGAGAAUGUGUCGGAGAUCUUGCUAGAGAACAGAUAGAACCUGUCCUUAGUCUUGCCAUUCAACAACUUCAGAAGGACUUUGAUAAUACCUGUGUUGCGCUUGGCAUCCAUCCAGAACCAAGACGUUGGAGUGCCUCAGAUGUUGCGGCUUGGGUUCAGUGGGCUAGGAGACAACUUCAAUUACCCUCAGUUCCUCUGGAAAGUUUUAACAUUGAUGGUGAAACAUUGGCAUCUUUAACAGAAGAAGACUUUUGUCAUCGUGCUCCUCAAUGCGGGAGUAUGCUACAUGCACAGCUGGAGAUUUGGAAAGCGGCUGUAGAAGAAUCGCCAAGAAAUACUUUAGCUGCUUCCUGGAGUCCGACCAAUGUUGUUCAACCUUCAAGUAACUGCGAUCCCAGUCCAUCUUCAUCCAUGACCAGCACUGUACCUGAUAGCGUUGAAACACCGUCAUGUAACAUAGAUUUAAGCGAUGAUGAAGAUGAAGAUUUAGGAAGUACUCAAACGUCCACGGAUGGUGGAAAAAUCCGCAACGGUGGUUCUCAUAUUCAUCUGUGGCAGUUUUUAAAAGAAUUACUCCAAAGCCCGGGACUGCAUGGCUCGUGUAUACGUUGGCUAGACCGCACCAAAGGAGUUUUUAAGAUCGAGGACUCAGUGCGAGUAGCAAGACUUUGGGGCAAACGUAAAAAUAGACCGGCCAUGAACUACGACAAAUUGAGUCGCAGUAUUCGUCAGUACUAUAAGAAAGGUAUCAUGAAGAAGACAGAACGAAGCCAGAGGUUAGUCUACCAGUUCUGCCAUCCAUAUAGCCUUUGAAAAUUGAUUCUCGAGUGUCUUUCAUUCAUGUCAUUGAAAAGAGAAAUGCUCGAUUGUUGUUCCACAUUUUGGAAUAAUGAUA